AUGCUUAUUGAAUGCCAACUUCUCCAAACUCUGUCUUUGUCUGGAUAUCUGGCUUUGGGUGCUGCUAUUCCAGCUACAACUCAUGCCAGAGCUGUCGAUCCCUGCUACGUGACCUCUUAUUCUGGCGUUGCCACUGCCGUGUCCUCAUGCACCAAUAUCACUCUUGACAGCAUCGCUGUGCCUGGUAACACCACACUCGACUUGACCAAGCUCAAGAAUGGCACUACCGUUGUCUUUGCUGGAAAGACAACAUUCGCCUAUGCAGACGCGAACUAUGACAUGAUCAAAGUCGCUGGUACUGACGUUACCAUCACAGCUGAAAAGGGUGCUAUCAUCGACGGCAAUGGUCAGGCUUGGUGGGAUGGUCUUGGUUCGAACGGAGGUGUAUCCAAGCCCAACCACUUCAUCACGGUCAGCAAAGCUGUUGGCUCGUCUGUAAUCCGAGAUCUCGUCAUCCAGAACUACCCUGUACACUGUUUCUCCAUCUCUGGCAGUGAUGGACUAGUCGUGGAGAAUAUUCUCCUGAACAACACAGCCGGUAAUGCUCCCAACAGCAGGUCCAACGGCCUCGCAGCUGCCCACAACACAGACGGGUUUGAUAUAUCGAGCCUCGACGGCAUGGUGUUGAGAGAUUCAAGAGUGUCGAACCAAGAUGAUUGCGUUGCGGUCACUAGUGGCAACAACAUCACAGUCUCAAACGUGUACUGCGAUGGCGGCCAUGGUCUCUCGAUUGGAAGCGUUGGUGGCAAGAGUAACAAUAAUGUUACAAACAUCCUGUUCGAGAACAGCAGAGUGCUAAACAGCCAGAAUGGUGCAAGAAUCAAGACCAAUUCUGGCACGACUGGCUACAUUGCCAACAUCGAAUAUCACAAUAUCCAAGUCUCGAACAUCUCUAUCUAUGGUAUCGACAUCCAGCAAGAUUACCUCAACGGAGGUCCAACCGGAGAACCCACCAAUGGUGUCAUCAUCAAGAACAUCACCGUGUCCAACAUUAGCGGUAUUGCUCAGACGAAAGCCAAAAAUUACUAUAUUCUUUGUGGAGAUGGUAGUUGCUCAGAUUUCACCUUCAACAACAUUCACAUCACUGGAGGAACCAACAGCUCUUGCAAUGUUAAGCCCAUUGGUGGCUUCGAAUGUAUCUAA